CCAGAGACACAGACCAUCACAUCGUUUUACAACAGUAACAGAAAUGUAGGAGAAUGAAUAAAAUGAGUUCUCUGCAACAUAAACUUCCACAGUGGAUGUCUUCACAAAGUAAAGGCUAUCCUUGGGGAGACAAAAAGAAGUCUCAUGUUCAGAAGAGUCUUCUGGAAGAUGACCUGCCUUUUUUAGUGUUCCAUGGCUCCAUUGUCUAUAGCUAUGAUGCCAGUGAUUGUUCCUUUCUCUCAGAAGAUAUCAGAAUAAAUUUAGCUGAUGGAUCUGUGAUAGGAUUUGACAUUGAAUGGCCACCAUCAUACAUUAAAGGAAAAGUGGGAAAAGUGGCCCUCAUCCAAAUUUGUGUGUCUGAGGAAAAGUGUUAUCUCUUUCACAUAUCUUCAAUGUCAGGUUUUCCAACAGGACUCAAAAGAUUGCUGGAAGAUGAAACAAUUAAAAAAGUUGGUGUAGGAAUUGAAGGAGACCAGUGGAAGCUGAUGAGUGAUUUUGAAAUCAAACUGAAGAGCUUUGUAGAGCUGGCUGAUGUUGCCAAUGAAAAACUUAAGUGUAAAGAGAUAUGGAGUCUAAAUGGUCUGGUAAAACACCUAUUCAGUAAGCAGCUUCUGAAGGACAAGUCUGUUCGUUGUGGUAACUGGGAAGACGUUCCACUAAGCGAUGACCAGAAAUUGUAUGCAGCCACUGACGCCUAUGCUGGCUUCAUCAUUUUUCAAAAACUGGAAUAUAUAAAUAAUGGUGAUCAGAAGCUAUUCGGUAUAAGAAGUGAUGGGAAGAUGUUUGCAAAUGAAGUGAAGAACCAAUUGACUUCAUUAGCUGAAGAGAUGAUGGAUCUGGCUAAGUUCUCUGGCACUUCUGGACAACUUACAAACACAGAGAGUAGAACUGUGGAAAUAUUAACUUGUAUAUCGGAAAAUAUAAGUGCCUUAAGAAGCUUGUUGCUUCAUGAAUCAAAUGAUCAAGUGGAAUUGGGAAGCAGUUGUGCUGUAGGUUCAAGAAGACCUGGAAUUCUGUCCACCAUUCUUGAAGAAGAAAUGGGUGUAACACCUGAAUUUACUAGAAGACUGCAAGAUAAUUUAAACGACUCUGAUCAUUCUUUAAUGUGCAUCAAGGGGGAGCAUCCUAGUGAUAAAGAAACAGAAGGUACCAAGAUUGACCAUAAAGUUGGGACCGAAGAGGCAGAAUCCAAGAAAAGCCGGGAUAGAGACUGCUUAAUGUCGCUUGACAUUACUGAAUAUGAACUUCAAAUGUUGGAGCAACAGGCUAAUGAAGAAAUGCUAAAAGAAGCUGUUUGUGUGACUGAGAACCCUUAUUCCAGGGAAGAGGAAAAUAACCUUGCCUGUGUCAUUGAAAGUGAUGAAGAACUAGAAAUGGAAAUGAUUAAAACUUUGGAUGAUGUCAGCAACUGUAAAGUGGAUCUGACUAACUCAAACUCCACUGAAACUAAGAAAGAUAGACACACAAAAUUGCAUCUUGCUCCAGAUGAUGAUGAAGAUGAGGGCAUUGAGGAGGAGGAGGAAGAAGAAAGCUGGGAUCCCUUGUUGCCCAGCCCUAGUGAAAAAGAAGAAAUAUGUUUAAAAACAUAUUUUGGUCAUUCUGCUUUUAAACCGGUCCAGUGGAAAGUAAUCUAUUCUGUUUUAGAAGGUAGAAGAGAUAAUCUUGUUGUCAUGGCAACUGGAUAUGGGAAGAGCCUGUGUUUCCAGUUUCCACCUGUUUACAUGAGACGUACAGGAAUAGUCAUCUCUCCUCUCAUUUCUUUGAUGGAGGACCAAGUACUGCAACUUGAUAUGUCAGGCAUUCCAGCUUGUUUACUUGGAGCAGCUCAGUCAAAAAAUGUUAUAGGGAACAUCAAAGCAGGUCACUAUAGAGUUGUCUACAUGACUCCAGAGUUUUGUUCAGGAAACUUAUCGUUGAUUCAGGAACUUGACCAAACUAUUGGUAUCACACUCAUAGCUGUCGAUGAAGCUCAUUGCAUUUCAGAGUGGGGUCAUGACUUCAGAAAUUCCUUUAGGACUUUGGGUUUGUUAAAGACGACUCUCCCUUUGGUUCCUAUUGUUGCUUUAACUGCAACAGCAAGUCCUUCGGUUAGAGCAGACAUAGUAGACUGUCUGCGCCUAAGGAAUCCUCAGGUCACGUGUACUAGUUUUGACCGACCUAAUCUGUACUUGGAAGUUGGACGGAAGACUGGCAGUAUCCCUCAGGAUUUAAAACGAUUCCUCAUUAAAAAGGGAAGUUCUACCUAUGAGUUUGAAGGACCUACUAUUGUCUAUUGCCCUUCAAGAAGGAUUACCAAUCAAGUAGCUGCUGAGCUGAUGAAAUUAAAUGUGGUCUGUGGCAUGUACCAUGCUGGCAUGGGAAUCAAAGAAAGAAGAUGUGUCCAUCAUAGGUUUAUGAGAGAUGAAAUCCAGUGUGUUGUUGCUACUGUGGCUUUUGGAAUGGGUAUCAAUAAAGCAGAUAUCCGGAGAGUUAUUCAUUAUGGAGCCCCUAAGGAAAUGGAAUCAUACUAUCAAGAAAUUGGAAGAGCUGGCCGUGAUGGACUUCCUGCUUCUUGCUCUGUAUUGUGGACUCCAGCUGAUAUGACUCUUAACAGACAUCUUCUCACUGAGAUACGUAAAGAAGCAUUUCGACUGUACAAGUUAAAGAUGAUGGCAAAAAUAGAAAAGUAUCUUAACUCAAACAGCUGCAGAAGGAGAAUCAUCUUGUCCCAUUUUGAAGACAAACAACUCCGAAAGGUCUCCUCUGGCAUCAUGGGAACAGAAAAAUGCUGUGAUAAUUGCAGAUCCAGAGCCUUUUGCUUCACAGCUGCAGAUGAGACAGAAAGUAAUUUGCAGGAUUUUGGGAAGCAAGCAUGCCAGCUGAUGUCUGCAGUGAGUGCCUUAGAUGAGAAGUUUGGAACUGGUGUUCCAAUUUUGUUUCUUCGAGGAUCUAAUUCUCAGCGUCUCCCAGAUAAAUACCGAGCUCACACACUUUUUGGUUGUGGGAAGGACUGGCCAGAGAAUUGGUGGAAGGCAUUAGGACGAGAGCUUAUCAGUGAGGGAUUCCUUAAAGAAGUUUCCGGUCGAAACAAAUUUGCAACCAUGUGUGUGCUUACUCAGAAGGGUAGAAACUGGCUACAUAAAAGUAAAACUGGAUUGCAUCAAAGCCUUCUGUUACAGCCUAGUGAAGAACUAUAUCUUAAGAAACUUCAUUUCCCAAGUACCAGACAAAUGCCAUUGGUUUCUGGGGAGCAUUCAUCAAACACAAAGUUAAUGAAGACCCUGGUGACAAAGUCACAACUGCAUGAAAUGUUUUCACAUAAAGAAGUCAGUAAAAUUUCUGCAAGAAGUAGUGACUCAAAUAACAGUAUUGUGGUACAGUCACCAGAUACCCUGGGAACUGCUGUUUCAGCCAAAGAGAAGGAACUGCAUACUAUUCUCUACAGCAAGCUAUUGGCAACCAGACAAAAGUUAGCCAAUGAGAAAUUCAUUCCUCCAGCUGUGCUGGCAACAAAUAAAAUAUUAGUGGACAUGGCCAAGAUCAGGCCUACAACUAUUGAAAAUGUGAAGAGAAUUGAUGGUGUAUCUGAAGCUAAAUCUGUCAUGUUGGUACCUCUCCUGAAUGAAAUCAAGGCGUUUUGUCAGGCAAAUAAUUUGCAGGCAGAUACAUUCCCAACUUCUGAAUCUAGAGAACAGCAGCAAGCAGCCGUUCAGAAGGGUGUUGGGUGCCGACCCCUCCCUCAGUCGCAGCUUAUAACGUACAGGCUGUUCCAGGAAAAGAACCUAUCUUUGAGGAGCAUAAGUGAGAGCAGGUCUCUUCCUCUUUCUGUGAUUGGCACUCAUUUAUACCAGGCAAUGAUAUCUAACAAUCCAGUUGACUUAGAACGAGCAGGUCUGACUCCUGAAAUUCAGAAGGCUGUUUCCAAUGUUAUCAAAAAUCCUCCCAUCAACUCAGAUUUAACCAAAAUACAAGAGAUUAGAACACUGGUUCCUCCAAAUAUUGAAACAUAUCUUAUCAGAAUGACAAUUGCACUACUGGAGAAAGGAAAUGGAAGUAAGCCAUGGAGUCAGCAGUGUCAGUCAAGCAACAGAAGAAUGCUGGAUGAAUCUGAAUGUCUGCAGGCAAGUAUGGGACCAUCCCUGGAGAGCAAAGAAGAUGUUUUGUGGAUUGAGACAAAGUCUGAAAAGAACAACAAGACAGAUGAUAUACAACCAGUUAAUACCAAACAGGAUGUGCCAGGCCAUCAAAGCUCCCUCAGAUUAGCCUCCUGGAAUCAACCUUCCCUUCAUCCCGAUGAAGAAGGACUGUUUGCUGACUCCCAGUCAAUGACUUUGAGUCAGCCUUCAAAGAGGAAGUUGCCAGAAUGGUUUGGGACUUCAAAGCAGACAGCUCCUUCUGAUACUGCUGGCAAGAAACCAAAAAUGGGAGCAAAAAAAGGACUCUUUGGUUGAACUAGGAUAUAACAAAUGCAUUUUUCCCCCAUUAAAGGUGCUUAGGGACACACAUGAUUGUUUUCAUUAUGGCAUUCUAAAUCAUGUGGUAAACAGUAUACUAUGAAAGGUAUACUUGAUUUCCUGAAUAAACAGUGUUCCAGAGGUGAAACAAAGUACCAAGCUUGAACUGAGGGGCUCCAGUUUCAGCCCUUGAACUUCUCAGUGCAUGGACAGAAACAAGUUACAAAAUCCCAAAUCCAGGUAUGCUCCACUCUUCACUGAGUGAAAUUUGGACAACUGAAGGGGAAGUCCCUAUUGAGCUGAAUGUUGUCUUCAUGAAGACUGUGUUCAUUACGCAGGCUUUUUCAACUGGCAUUGGCUUUAUUCCACAGGUUUCUAUGUUUAAGGUUGGUAGCAGACUGAAUUUGGAAAAAUAAUAAAUAUCAUAUAGAGGAAUACGGGGUGUGUUACCCCUUCCUCAUACCCACAAACUUAAAAUGUUAUGCUGCUGCUAGUACACACAGAAUGUGUUGUAUUGUGUUAGCAUUCCACACUUGCUAUAAGUAAAACUGCCUUGACACCGCUGUGCAGUAUCUCUGAUGCAAGAUUUACUGUAUGGAACCUUUUGUAUUAUUAAUAAACUUUAAAAAGUGGUUAAUUUCAUGUAGAAAAA